CUGCGAACUACGAAAAUGGCAAUGGCGCCGAGCCUCUUUCUCUCAUCCAAAGCCCUAAUACUAACCCCAAGACCUGCCAUUUUCCCUCCUCCUCCUCAACCCUAUUUCGCUACGCUCCGAUUCAACUCGGAGACUCGGCCUUUGACUCGCUCCGUUCCCUCUAAGCUGCGCGUUCGAGCUGUGAACGACAGUGAUUACUCGUCGAGGAGAAGCAGCAGCAAUGAGCAGCGAGAGACGAUUAUGUUACCGGGAUGUGACUAUAACCACUGGCUUAUAGUCAUGGAGUUCCCUAAGGACCCUGCCCCAACUAGGGAGCAAAUGAUUGAGACCUACCUCAACACUCUCGCUUCUGUUCUUGGAAGCAUGGAAGAAGCAAAGAAGAACAUGUAUGCUUUUAGCACCACCACCUACACUGGAUUCCAAUGUACUGUAUCUGAAGAAACAUCUGAAAAAUUCAAAGGAUUGCCUGGUGUUCUCUGGGUGUUGCCAGAUUCAUAUAUAGAUGUUAAAAACAAGGAUUAUGGAGGUGAUAAAUAUGUUAACGGAGAGAUAAUUCCUGGAAACUACCCCGUUUAUCAACCAAAGAAACGAAGAGAAUCAAAAUUUGAGAGCAGAAGAUAUGAAAGACGAAGAGAUGGACCUCCUCCUGAACGAAGAAAACCAAAACAAGAAGCAACUCCAUCAGAAUCAGGAUCUGGAUGAGUUAAUGAACGUGGGACUGCAAAAUCAAGUAGUACUUUAUGAAACAAUUAGUGAAGGUUGUCCAAUGGAGGAACUCAUCCAGGGGUGCACGUAUCUGUGCUUAGAUUUUUCUGGUGAAGUCUUCUUGUCGUCUGCUUGGAUAAGGAAUGGUGUCAUAUGAGCUUGUUAUCAAAGACAUCAGUAUUUGUGAAUUAUUCGGUAGGUCCAGGAUGACCUUUGUGAUAUUGUUUUUGCAUCGACACUAAGAAUUUCAGUUCAGCUAUAUAGUUGAGUUUAGUUGUACGGAUGUUUGAUUUAAUCUUAUGAUUCUAUUUUCUGA